CUACAACAUCAACUUCUGAUCCAAAUCAACACCAAAACCACUUCCUUCGUUACCCAUCCCAACAUAACAGUCUACACUCUAAAUGCACAACAUCAACCUACGAUGUAUGUACGUAUGUUUGUGACCCAUCACAACAUCACACCCGAGAUGGCGCCAUCGGCAAACCACAUUCGUGAUCGUCGCCGCGGCGCCCCUCUGCCUAUGAGAACUCGUCUUCUGCAGCGCAGCUCGGCACGCCAUUUUCCUCCACUGAUGGUUACAUGCUUCCUCUUGGUUUGUACUCUGUAUUAUGGUUGGGUUGGCUAUGCCGAUGCCAGGGGUACUAUUCACGGGUGAGUGCGGUAAGUGAGGGGCUGUGAGGGGUAUAUAUAUAUUGCUUCCCCCCAUCUAUCCCCAACUACCACUAACUUCACUAAAUCGAUUAACCUUGCGACCUGCUUCCUUGACUUUAUCUGAUCUACUACACAUUUCAUCCUAAUUUACCGUGGUGAUUACUACAAUGGCCUUAACUCAACCCCUCCCCACGAGCACCAGUACCACCCCCAUCUCCAAAGACAUCUUCCCCGACGGACUCAAAACCACCGGCCAACAUCCCCCUCUCUCCGAACACAUUCAUCCGUUCGAGAAAUUCCCGACCCAAAUCACCGGCCCUACCGUCUGGGACGCCGAAGAAUAUCGCGACCACCCGGAGAAAUGGACCCAUCGGUUUACCGACGAGGAGAUUGAGGAGUUGUCCGUUGCGGCGGAUGAGUUUUUGAGGGCCAAGAUUCCGAUGACGGGGAUAAGUAAGGGUAACUUCCCCCUCCCCACCCUCUCCACCCGUCUGCACGGACUCCGCGCCGAUCUCCUCGACGGCAAAGGAUACAUUCUCUUCAAGGGCUUCCCCGUGGAAAAAUGGGGUAACCACAAGUCGGCGAUCGCGUAUAUGGGUCUCGGCACGUAUCUGGGGUAUUUUGUUAGUCAGAAUAGUCGGGGUCAUGUUCUCGGUCAUGUUAAGGAUCUCGGCGAGGAUCCGACGCAGAUUGAUUCGGUAAGGAUUUAUCGGACGAAUGCGAGACAAUUCUUCCACGCAGAUGAUUCCGAUAUCGUCGGAUUACUGUGCAUUCAUCGUGCCCGAGAAGGGGGCGAGUCGGAUCUGGUCUCCUCGCACCACGUUUACAAUACGCUCGCGAAAGAGAGACCAGAUGUGCUCAAGACCCUCACCGAGCCGAUUUGGUAUUUCGAUCGCAAGGGCGAGACGAGCAAGGGACAGGAGGAAUAUAUCAAGACGAGUGUGAUUUAUCUCGAGCGUGGGGACAACCCUCGCGUGUAUACCAAAUGGGAUCCCUACUAUGUUCGCUCCCUGACUCGUUUUUCGGACGCCGGUAUCAUCCCGCCGCUGUCUGCCGCUCAGGUCGAGGCGCUGGAGGUCCUCGAGGCGACGUGUAACCGUCUGAAGCUGCAUAUGAUUCUUGAAGUCGGUGAUAUUCAGUUCUUGGCGAAUUCGCAUGUGCUGCAUGCGCGGACGGCGUAUGUGGAUCAUGCGCCUCCGACGCCGCGACGCCAUCUGAUGCGGUUGUGGUUGGCCACGCCGGAGAGUGAGGGUGGCUGGAAGUUGCCGUUCUGGGAUAGUAAUGAGAAGAAGAGAGGUGGGAUUCAGGUUGAUGAUCAGGCGCCAGUGGCUCCGUUGGAUGCUGAGUAGAUGCUAUGAUUGUUUGUCUGCUGUAUUUUAGCUUAAUACCAUGUGUGAUUAGUUGAUGUUAU